UGUCGCGAAGGUCGCCCAGCUCACUUUUCCCUCGCACUUUUCUCGGCUGAUUCUCGGCUGCUUGCUCUCGGACCUCUUACUCCCGACACCGUCUGCCUGUCUGUCUGUCUGUUACACUUCCAUCUCGCUGCACCGCGCGCCGUUCCCAUAAGCGGCACAGUUAAUUUCAACGCGCGGUUCCCAUAUAACAUAAUAAAGCAUUACGAAUAUGUGCUCACGUGCAUAUCUUCUCAUUACACGUUUUUACGUUACAUUAAAAGCAUUCGCGCACGGUCAUUAUUACGCCCGCCGUGGCCGAAAACUAUAUCCUCCUUCUCGGGAGAGCCGAACCUUUCUCGCGAAACGUAAAAAUUCCUGAAAAUCCAGCCGGCGGACAUUAUAGUGAGACGCGCGGCAGAGAGAUUAUCUUAAAGAUCCUUUUAAGAAAGUAUUUCGGAUGAAUUAUUUAGCAACCGCGAUAUUAAAAAAUGAUUAGGCGGCCUGACUCGGUGCCGGGUUUUUUCUACGCGUUGACAGGACGGUGAUUAAGACCGUCGAAAGCGAGUCGCGCAAUUUCGGCAAUCCAUCGAAAGUGUGACAGCGUAAUAAUCACGGUGUCCCGCGAGCGAACCCCGUGAACUGAACUCUGCCCCACGGAGACUGCGGGAUGUAACGCGGCGGCCUCGUCUUCUUUCGUUAGAGUAAUUACCGCGCCGCGACGGCUCUCGUAAACGACGAUUCGUGAUUUAUGUUCUGCGUUACGCGCGCACGAAACGUUCACGAAAAAACGCGUGAGAAUUGCCGUUGCGUAACGAGCGUAAUAAUAAUAAUAAUAAUAAUAAUAAUAAUAAAUAAUAAUAACUUUAGUGUUCAUGUGCAAGAUCCGAUUCCGAUAAGUCUCGCGCAGUUCUAGGCGCCGGCAAUGAUGCUGUUACAGCAAAAGAUAAUUCGACCGCAAGAAAGCGUAUAAUGUAUAACGAAAGGAAAGAACUUAAAUAUAGUCAGACGCGAGAUUAUAAGUGCACAUGUGGAUUUUUAAUGAGAAUGAGGAAUAGAGGAAUGAAAUGAAUUAAUAAGAUGGGAAACAAGAUACCUGAGCUGAACAAGCCCACUUAAUUAACUUUAUUUUCUAAAAAUUCUAUUAAUGUGUGUGUGUAUGGGGGGAGGGAGGAAAAAUUUAUUGAAACUAAGUGAGAAUAAAGUCUUUAUUUUAAUUGCUCACAAGAAUAAAAUAUAUUUUUUAUGUAUAGAAAUACGUUGUUUUAAUCCUGAUAGCCUUAUUAGCCUUAUUAAAUAUUACAUAUAUAUAAAUAUGUAAUAUUGAAAGUAAAAAUAAAUUAAAGCUAACAAAGAAACUAAAAAUAUCUUCUAACUAAUUUUAAAGUGAUUAUUAAUUACAUAAAAAUAAAAUUCCUUAGAGUUUACUCUCAAACAUCGCAAUUAUCUUUAAUUAAUCUGUCAAUCUUGGGUGCAGUUUUAGCUUCUCAAAAAUUAGCAGCAUUAAAAGUCAUUGUUUUUUGGCAUAGUAAGCUCUUGCCUAAUCUCGAAUAAAAUUUUCCGGAACCGGAAAAAGAAAAUAGAACGGAGAAAAAAAUUGAAACAAAAUAAAUUAACAUAACAUAAAUUCUUAAAGAUGCAUAUAAAGUUUAUGGCGAGGUUACUAUCUUCGAGAAAAGAUUUGAUUUUCUCAAAUUGUUUAUCGGGAGAUUAAAUUGUUUUUUUUUUUUUCAAUAAAGAAUCGUGCACACGCACUUUUAGAGAAUUGCCGAUUUGCCCGGUAGAUUCGGUGCUCCAAGCGGUACCAGAACAAGAGAAGGCGCCGACGGACGAAGGAGAAAGAGAAAGAGGGGAUCUCGUGCUAACAGAAGGGAUAAGAAACCCAUGCACGUACUCUUACCAACGGUACGACGACUUCAGUCUGACGAUCGCUUCCACGGAGCGAGGUUGGCCGAGCCCGACGUUAAUCCGGGAUCAUUCGUCGGUCCGAGCACACGGUGAUUUGGAUCCUUGCGUUGUGAUCGGUGCAAAAAAAAAGAGAGAAAAAAAAGGACUGUGUGCUCCGAAAUUUUGGCGUGAAAAGUAAAAGUAUUCCUUUAGGCAUUCCCGCCUCGUAAUUCAAUUCGAGAGAAAUCAAAUUUCGAGACGCGAGUGACCAGCCGAUGUAGAUAGAAAUCACUCCUGUAAAAUUGACAACCCCGAGAGGCAUAAAAGCAAAUCGUUAAUCAGUUUCCGGGAACGCGAAGGCUGAUCGGAAGGUAGCUGGUCCCCCCCCUGGCGUUUUAGUACCGCGAUAAUUUACAUAACAGUCCCCGAAUUUGCAUAGUAAAUUCCCCGCGUUGCGCGGUUCGAGUUUUUCACGUAGAAGGGAAGAAAACGUGCGAUUCGCGACUUCGUGGCGCGAAGUGCCGUGCUGCGUGGUGUGCUGCCCGGCGGGAGAAAGUGCCAGUUCACCGCUGUGCGUCGUUCUGCGUCGGUUGUUUUCUUUUUUCCCCCCUCGGUGGAUCGUACACCCGAUCGAUGAUAGACCGUCAUCGGCGUCCCGCCCGACGACGAUGACAGAGGACUCGCGUCCUCGCGGGACAGCAUGACCCUUGGACCGUCCGCGUGCGUUAACAUGCGCGAAGACACGCGUUUUCGCGGGUACCGUGGGAUCCUCCUGAAGUGAUAACGUCCGGUUCCCGGGAAAAGAGAAAAAGAGAGGGAGGGAAGACCCCUAAAGGAUCACAAGGAUCGUCGAACGUGGAGGGACGGAGAUCGUGGACCGCGAAGAUCACGAGGACAACCGCUGUUGGCCGGCAGACGUGAGCUACAGGCUGAAGAAAUCAAUCAUAUCGUAGCCAUGAACCUCGCGCUGCAUGGAUUUUUGCUGCAGGUUUUCGUGUCGAUACUCGACUUUCGUCAUGGCCGUUUGUUAUGCAGCGCGGGGGAACCUGGCUAUCUGGACUUUGACAACCUGCCGGAGACGAAUUUCUCGUGUCAAGGAAAGGUGAUCGGCGGAUACUACGCGGACGUCGAGGCGGGCUGUCAAAUGUUUCACGUCUGCACCAUCGGCCAGAAAGACGAGAUUAUGGACAUAAAGUUCCUCUGUCUGAACGGGACCGUCUUCGACCAGGAGACCAGAGUCUGCGAGAGGGUUGACGAGGUCGACUGCAGCAAGAGCGAGCGAUUCUACAAUUUGAAUCUGGAGCUCUACGGCAACAACGCUGUGACGCUCAGCUUGCACGGCGAGAACGGGGAGGACGAGGACGAUCUGACGAUCGAUCCGGUAGAGGAACACCAGUUGCGAACCACCUCGGCGCGGCCCGUUACUACUAGCACGACCAGCACCACCACGUCCCGGCCCAGCAAACCGUCCACCACGGCCGCGAGCGGCUCCUAUCAGCAUCCGGCCGGCUAUCCGCAGCACUAUCAGCCGCAGCCGCCGUUCCCGCAGGUGCACACCAGCCAGUCCAAGUCGUUGUACGACGACAAGAACGGCGGCUACCAUCACCAGUACAUCUUCCACAGCGGCGGCGGAGGCAGCGGCGAGCGCACGGGCAACAACCAGGCCACAUCCUAUCAGCUGUUCAGCAGCCAGGGUGCCGUGAGCUCGACGACGAGUGCCACGCCGUCGCCCCCGCCCCCGUCGCAGGUCCAUCAGAUCAGGUAUAGCUCGACGGUAGGUCCGCCACCGCAGAUCCUCCACAGCGAGCCGCCGUCCACCGUGACGCCGCUGUUCCGCGGCGCGACAUCCCCCGCGACGAUACAGACGCUGCUCAACGGCAAUGCGAACGGCGGCCCGGCCGCCCUGAUCAACCCGAUAUUUCACAAUCACGGGAUCGCGAGCACCACCGAGCAGUUUACCGUCCACAGCAACAAUCCGCGCGAGACCACCGACUAUCGCGACGACGGCAAUCAGGAGCAGGAUAUAAGGACGCUGGAGGCAAUACAGUCGGCGAAUAAGGGCAAAAUUUCUAAGCUGACAAUAUCUCCGGUGCCAAACCAGCAAGAGCCGUCCCGAACGGUGCAGACGAAGACAAGCCAAACGUCGCAGCAGCAACAACAGAGAAUAUCGGGCAAUUUCCUGCCGACCCCGACCACGACUGUCCGAUCGUUCUAUCCGACGCCGAGGCCCUCGCCGAAGCCCUCGCAGUCGUCGGUUACUCACGUCACUCAACAUAUUCACAUAUCGCCGCAGCUUAAAUCCCAUCAGAUCACUAUAAACCUACCGCCGCCGGACAUCCAGAGAAUCGUGCAGAAUCCGUCGCCCUUGCUACCCUCGCAGUCCCGGGUGAUCGUCACGGCGAAAGCGAGCGUGAGCGACGAAUCCGGCAGACCCCUGAACACCACGCAGCUGGUGACACUGCCGCUGCCGACUAUACCGGCCAGCUACGACGACUACAAGGAGGGCGACGAGUCCUUCGAUCCCUUUUACCGCGACGUCCCGAAAAUUCGCAAAAGUCGCCAGGACGCGAUGGAGAAGAUGAGAGUCUCGCGCGGGAAACGAUCGCUCGAGCAGUCCUAUCACCUCGUUUACGGAGUGGACAGUCGGCAAGAUGAAGGUGCCAAAGUGACACAGAAGAACGAGCCAUGUGGAAAUGAAGAUGACGCGAUAGCCAGAGAAAGCGCACGUACCCAGAUUAACGUUGAAGAUUUUCGAGACAUUAAGGAGAGUCUGAUGAAAUUUAGAGACAUUUUAUUUAGUGAUGAAGCGAACGAAAAUAUCCCUCGUAACGAUACUGAUGAAGAAAUUAAAAAUAAUACCGAACGUGUUGAGAUAAAUAAUGAUACUUUCGAGACGACAUCUGUAAAGCAAGUGGAAUACAAUGCGAUAAAAAAAGCAGACUACUUAGAUGAUUUGAAAACAGAAGCCGCAAAACACUUGGAUUUGAAUAAAAAUAAAGAUGAAGAUAAGGAAGAAGAUUCAAAGAAGUCUCUAAAUGUCAAAGUUAAUACCGAAAAAUCGCUUAAUAGGGACAAGUAUGCCAAGCACACGUCAGAAUUAGAACUUGAGAUUUACACUGAAUCUACAACUGCUCGCUCGCAGAAAAAUGAAUCUCGGGGAGACAUUAUAGACGUAAUAAUACUCGACAAUGAUUUCAAGGAGGAAACCACGUUCGCGAAGCCCGAAGGACCCAUCGAGGAAACGAAUUCUGGCACGCACGACGCAUCGGAGAUCGAUGGGAAAGUUGCGCACAGGGGACAAAUCGCGGGACACUUAAUAAAAAAUGAAUCGGGAUCGGAUUCUGUCGACGAGAGUAGACAACAGAUAGUUCCGCGCGAGACAACGGUGAAGCGAAACGGUACCAAGCAAAGCGGAGAACGAAAAUCUGGCCCGAGAAGAAAGGUUUCUCGUUUGAGAUCUUCGAGAAAACGUAUAUCUUCUAGAAUAAGGCAGCAAAAAACGAAAAAUGUCGUCGAAGUGACGGAAGCAAUUCAGCAGAAGGAAGACACGGAAAGAACGACUUCUACAACUAAUACUGUUGACACUACUACUAUUGUUACUGCUGUUGAUGUUACUACUCCUACUUUUGCUACUACAACCGUGACUCCAUCCGUCGCACCUUUUGAGACGACAGUUGCGGACCAAGUUGACAGCGACAUUUUCGGAGAGUCGGAAUCACAAACUUCCAAAGAAGUUGAUACGAGGGCGAUCGGUCAACACGACACGACGUACUCAAACAACUUGGAGGACAACAAGAGUCGUGACGCCAGCAAGAACAAGGAAUUGGAGCGAUCAUUCGAUCUUAAGAUUGUGGAGGAUCGCAUGAGAAGUUCGGAUCUACGCACCGACAAAACAAAGGAAGACUUCGCAGAGAAACGUGAAACGAAAUCUAACACGCAGAGUAUUGGCGAGGAAAGCACGACCCUCACCGAGAAUCCGCGAAGCACGGAAGAAGCGGAAACGACGGAGAUCACAACGCGCGUCUACGAAGAGAAAAAAUCUGCCGAUGAGGAAUCCUCUUCCAAGGAGUAUGAGACUCCGAACGACGAUGAAGGUGAUACUACGAGUACUACUACCAACGAGGAAGAAACCGAGAUUACGAGUUCUCGCGAGGACAACUCGGAGCAAGAAGAAUCGUCUUACGAGGACGCAAGCAAGAGAUCGAGCACUGAUGUUUCGGACGAAGAGAGUCCAACCUCAUCGACGUUCAGCGGCGAGGAGAUAAAUUCCGAAGAGAAUUCGAACGAGUAUACGACAGAUACAACGGAAUUGUCCGCGGGCAGUAGUCAAGAGGAUUACGGGGGGCCGGAGAGUACCGAGGAUUCCACCACGCUCGCGGAUUACACGACUUCCGAGGAAUACACCGAUUCGCAGGAGGACUUCGCGGCUUCGACCGAGGAAGCCGAGGGCAGUACCGAGGGUGUACUGAAAUUCACGGACGAGCUACCGCUGUCGGACGACAGAGGAGACGCGACGGAGGAGGCGACGGAGGAGACGUCCGCGGAGACUUCUGCGUCCGACGAUAACGACGCGCACGAUUACGUCGACGACAAUUACGAGCCGGAGAAUUACAGGGGUACGAAAGCCACCACGACGCUCUCGAACGACUCCGAGGAGGAGAAUAAAAACGAGGAGAGGGAAGAUGCGAAAGAUCCCGAUCGUACGGGGAACGUGGAGACGCAACGGAUCGAUGACAGUACCGAGACGGAAACGCAGACGGAGUAUGCAACGACGGGUGUCACAAAGGUUGACCUCCGGGAAGUUGGGACUUUAACUACAAUUUCGUCGACGACAGCAGUGACCACGACACCGUUGUUGAGCACGACGACUGCGUCGACCGCAACGGCAUCGGCCACGACGGCGUCGAUCACAUCGGCAUUGAACGCGACAAUUGCGACAAGCACCACCAUCACCACCCCGAAGAGCACCAUCAUCCGUCGGCCGAUAACUACGACUCCUCGUGCCUCCACGCCACCGAAACUCUUCAAGCCCACCGGGAACAGGAGGAUUUACGCUUACAGUCCUCCUACGACGACUCCGAAUCCGGUCGUGAUCAAGCCGAGAGUUGGUCUGUUCAACCCGAAGCCAGCAAAACCAUUUAAAACUUAUAACGAACUGGCGCCGAAGCCGGUCAUCAGGAAGCUCGUUUUAUCGCGAAAACCUGUUUCUACCACCGCAGCUACUACUACUACUACUAUUGUUACUACUACUACUACUACUACUACAGAAAAAUUGAACACGGAAAAUCUGGAAAUGACGAUGGAGCCUGUAACGAUGGUAAUGGCGACGGCAGAAACGACGACGGCAGCGACGACUACGACAGCAGCGACGACGACGACGACGACGAUGGCAGCGACAACUUCGACAGCGGCUACGGAGACAGCGGAGUCCAGCAGAAACGAGGAGAACGGCCUCGAGAGCAAACUGACGGAAGCGAACGAACAUGUGUCCCUCGAUCCUUCCACGAGGAACGCUCAGACGGAGGAUAACAGGGAGGAUCAACUUCCGAGCUCGUCCGAGCAGAGUACUCCAGCCAACUCCUCGAAGGACGCUGAUACGGGAACCACGAAGACCACUUUCACUUCUUAUCCCGUGUCCACACUGUCCGCUCCCGCGUCUUCCGCCGAACGAACAACGGAGUUGGACUCCAAACCGCAGGAAACGACAGAGGCCGUUCUCGUGACGAGCGUUUCGACGACGACGACGUUGCCGUCCGAAAAGUCGUCCGAGUACGCUGAGAUCACGUCAAGUACGGAGAAGUACCACGAAGUAGCGGAGACUACCGCAACGACAGCUUCCACCUCCAGAGUCUAUCAGCAGGAAAUCUCGUCCUCGGUCCCCUCGGUUGCGCCUACGAUUCCGGAACGCGCGACGUCGGUCUCGAUCUUGACAACCAUCCUGCCCAAGGCGGACGACGCCGAUCCCGUCGCGUCUAUGGAGGCCGCGAUCCUCAGGUCGAGCGGCCGGAAGCCCGUGAAGUCGCGGAAGCAUCCGAGCUUCAAUUGCCUUGAGAAAGAGAUGUAUCGCUUCUACGGCGAUUUCAGGGACUGCCGAUUGUUUCACUACUGCUCACCCGGUUUCACUUCGCGACAGGUGCUGGACUUCCGGUUCGUGUGCGAGGAGGGCACGGCGUUCGACGAGCUGACGCAGAGCUGUCGUCACGAAGUGCGCAAUCGGAAGUGUCGGAACCGCUCGUGGUGAAAGCCUCCGCCAUUUCGUUUUCUCCGAAUCCCGUGUUUCCUCGAUUCCGAUUUGAUUUUGAUAAUUCGUGAAUCCUCUAGGACUCUUUAGCGUAUUUAUAUUUUUUCCUUUCUUUUUUUUUUUUUUAAUGCAGCAGAAUAUUCCGUUAGAAGAAAGAGGGCUUCCUCCUUCUCCUAAGCCCAUUGCCAUAGCGCCUCGCGCUGGAUUCACACUUAUUAAAGUCAAUGCGAUCUCCGAUCGACUCGCAAUCGUCGGCUCGGAGAGGGAAGCGAGGAGGCACAUCGUCGCGUCGGCGUGGCGUCUCGUGCACCCGAGGAAAAGAAGUCGCGUUUGUCACUAGCAUUUAAUUAAGAGAACGAAGUAAUCGGUUCCUACGUUAUCCUCGAGAAUAUGUGUUGGCGCGAGAGACAUUAAGUAAAGACAGUCGAACGAAUGGUUCGGAAGCGCGAAGCGCUAAAUUUCUGAACGUUGCCGAAUACAUUGCCGAAGGAACUGUGGUUUAUCCGCGUGCUCUUGGCGUCCCCUGCUCGUACGCAGCGCGAUAACGAAAUCAGCAGUCUGUGAAUCAGCUGAAGAAAAAAUGAAGCAAUUUGUUGUUGAGAUAAAGUCGAAUAUAUAUUUUUAAUAAAGUAUCUACGACUGUACUCACUACACUCACGUCAGCGCGUGGUAAAAAUAUUUUUGAUAGAGAAGUCUUUCCUAGAAUUUCGUAUAAGGUAUUUUUGAUAAAGCGUCCUAUGAAAUUAUAUUUUUUACAGAUUUAAAUAAUAUUAAUAUUGUCGUGUACAUACUGGAGUAUGUCGAACUGAAUAUCGCAUGCACAUAGACAAUCGCAUCGUUUAUCGCACUCGUCGAAUUAAUUCACGUCGCGGUAUCAAAAGUGCAAUCAGAUGUAAUUGCUCAAACGUUUAGAUACGAAGGUAGCUUUGGUAAAUGAUGUAGAUAUCUCGAAGUAAAGAAGCUUGCAAGACGUGUAGUCGACUUAACGGAUGCGUUGCAACGACAUGUGAGAAAGCCGAAGGUGAAGAGACCGUCGGCUUACAGUUUGCAUAAUUCGUAUAUUCUAUUACACGCAUUCCGUUCGCGACACAUCCGAACGUAAUGCCGGUCGGACGAUUCGCGUUUACCUCUUGUAAAGGCUCUUAAUUUCCUACUACUACUAAUUAGCGCGCUUCAAUUACGAGCGGAAACGAGCGCGCGUCUUUAAGUCAGUAGACAAAGUGUAGAUGUAUUUUUUUUUUUGCAAACUCACUUCGAGUACAUCUUUAGAGAUUUAGUUUAGAUAGAAUCUAUAGGAAAUUCUCGCGCGUGCCGCCAAAUGAACCGGUAACUCGUUAUUAAUAAUAAUUUCCCGCGUGUGUGUAUAUACGUCGCGCGUACACGUUUCAACGCGCGUGUACACACACGCAUGUCCAAAUCUAUUAUAUAUUUUUUAAGCAACUGUACUAUGUCAAUAAUAAUUGUAUGUUCUGUAUGCA